AAUCUAAUUAUACAAUUUAUUUAGCUUAGAAAAACCGUUGUGAUGUCAAAAUUUCAACGUGUCAUGAGAGUAGUGGCUCCUUGGAAAGUUGACAAAAACAAAAGGCUUUCAGUUUCAGUUUGAGACUUCACAGUGUGGAUAAGAUUUUCUCUUUUCUUUUUCACUUUUCUGCAACAAAAACCUUAGAAACCAAAUGAGGGUCAUCACUGAAACUUGUCCUCCCAUGGUGGACACCUUCUGAAUUUGCCUCUUCUCUUUGUGUUUUGUGUUGAUUAUUUGGCAGCUCUCACUUCUUUGUCCUUCUCAUCAUCAUUCACUCAGUGCUGUGAGAGAAAAGCAACUGUGUCUUCAUCAACUCAUCGUUUCUUUGUCUCUUCAAGUUCUGAAGUCUUCGGUUUUAGGACCAUUUUGUCGUACCAUUAUGGGGGUGUUCGAGCUUCUAGUUCCUCAUCCAAAAUGGUUGUCCAAUGCAUGUCUUCUGCCACAGAUGCUCCUACUGUUUCUGAGACAAAGUUAAAUUUCCUUAAGGCAUAUAAGCGACCAAUCCCAAGUAUCUACAACACUGUUCUGCAGGAGCUCAUUGUGCAGCAACAUUUGAUGAGAUAUAAGAGAUCGUAUCGCUAUGACCCUGUGUUUGCUCUUGGUUUUGUCACUGUUUAUGAUCAACUCAUGGAAGGGUAUCCUAGUGAUGAGGACCGAGAUGCUAUCUUCAAAGCAUAUAUUAAUGCUUUGAAUGAAGAUCCUGAACAAUACAGAAAAGAUGCUCAAAAGUUGGAAGAGUGGGCGAGGGCUCAAAACCUAACUUCCCUUGUUGAGUUUUCAUCCAAAGAUGGAGAAAUUGAGGGGAUCUUGAAGGACAUAGCAGAAAGAGCAGGAAAGGGGGAUUUCAGCUACAGUCGUUUCUUCGCAGUAGGACUAUUUCGUCUUCUUGAGUUAACAAACGCAACAGAGCCAACAAUUUUGGAAAAGCUCUGCGCAGCUUUAAACAUCAACAAAAAAAGUGUUGAUCGGGACUUGGAUGUGUAUCGGAAUCUGCUUUCCAAGUUGGUUCAAGCAAAGGAGCUGCUAAAGGAAUACGUUGACAGGGAGAAGAAGAAAAGAGAAGAAAGAGCUGAACCCCAAAAGGCUAAUGAGACCAUUACAAAGUGUUUGGGACAACAACUGUCUGGUCAGCAGCUAUGGUCUUAUGAAAAUAACAUCUACUGAUAAUUCGGUGUCCUUGACAAUUUCUGGUUAUGCAGAGUUUGGAUAAUCAGUAGAGGCAACUCAAUCGAGUUUCGAUAUGCAUAUUUUAUUAUGUGUAAAUUUGUAAUAUUCUGUGUUGGUGAUCAACAUGAAAUCCUUGUAUCACCUAGAGUCAACCAUUGUUAAUUCCAAAAUCCAACACGAUUUACAUGUAUUAGUUUUCUCCUCAUGAUAACAGACUAUUCUCUAUUUUUUACAUUUCAGUAUAUACAUAUACUCACCUUUCAUUUCAUGUA